UACCUGAUUGGAGGCCUCUUCCCGGUUCACUACACGCCAGACCCAGCUCAGACAAGACUGCCAGAAGUUGUGUCAAACCACCUUGGGAAGCCUAUAUUCUUGGAAGGCUAUCGGGCGCUGCAGGUAAUGAAGUUUGCUGUUGAGCAGAUCAACAACUCCAGCACCGUCCUGCCUAAUGUAACCCUUGGUUACCAUAUCUUUGAUCACUGCACCGACGCUCACAAUUUCCCUGACAUCCUCCAGUUAUUCUCCGUUAAUGGCUCAGUAAAACUCAGCCACUACCAGUCUCAAGUUAUCGGCUUCAUUGGUGCCUUCACUAGCACUGAAACUAUCAAUCUGGCUCCGAUGUUCAUGAUGGAUCUGAUUCCCAUGGUCAGUUACGGCGCCACUAGCUCUACCCUCAGUGAUAAAGUGACAUAUCCAUCCCUCAUAAGGACCAUGCCUAGCAACAAGAGUCAGAUUGAGCUCAUCAUUCACAUCAUCAAGCACUUUGGUUGGAACUGGGUGGCGUUUCUUAGCUCCAAAUCUGAGUACAGUGAGAAUGGUUUUCGGCUGUUUGUUGAACUGAUUAAAAACACAGGUAUCUGCCUGGGUUACCAAGAACUACUCACUGACAAAUCAGAGUUGAACACAACAUUUCAUAAGAUAGACACACUCAAGAUUAACGUCAUUAUCCUUUUCAUUGGGUCAGUCUUUGCUGAGAAAACUAUCACCACCGCAGUUCAACUUGGCGUCCACAAUAAAGUCUGGAUUGCCAGUGAUUCCUGGUCCAUGAACAACUACUUGCUUACACUACAGGGCAUAACAACUAUCGGCACCAUUAUAGGUGUGACGCCUACAGUAGUUCCCCUCCCUGGCUUUGAUGAGUUCAUUUACAAGUCACGACACAGAGGCAAUUCUGUCCACAGCACUGAAGUCUUCUGCAACCAGGCCUGUGAUAACUGUUCCUCAGUCAGCCCAGAGGAUAUCAUCAAUGAAAACCCUGUCUUAUCUUUCCCUAUUUACUCUGCUGCGUACACCAUGGCAAUGGCUUUACACAACGUUCUCCAGUGCAACUAUUCGGGAUGCAACUACAGUGGCACAGUCUACCCCUACAUGCUUCUACAAGAAGUCAAACGCUUGCAGUUCCACCUGAAUGACUUUCUCAUAUCUUUUGACAAGAAUUUGGACCUACAUGCAAGCUACUCUAUUCUGUUCUGGGCCACCGGUAAUCACUCUGUGAAGAUUCAUCAGAUUGGCACGUACAGCAGCUAUCCUGAGUCAAAUCUGACUAUUUAUGACACACGUCUACGCUGGCAUGGCAGUGGAGGGGUGCCAUUCUCUAACUGCUCUGCGGAGUGUAAGCCAGGACAUGUGCGGCAGAAGAAUGGUCUUCGUCAGUGCUGUUUUAUCUGUGUGAAAUGCCCCAGUAACCACUAUGCCAACCACACAGCUAACCUGUAUUCAUGUCUGAAGUGUGGCAAGUAUGAGUGGUCGGAGGCUGGAAGCACGUCAUGCCAGACACGUUACGUGGAAUACCUCCACUUCUCCGACGGCUACUCCAUCGUCCUCAUGGUGUCUGCGUCCUCCUUCCUGCUGCUGUGUGUGGGGGUGACUGUGCUGUUUGCCGUGCACCGCUCCACGCCGGUAGUGCGGUCAGCAGGGGGCAGCAUGUGCUUCCUGAUGCUGGGCUGCCUCGCCGCGUCUGCCAUCAGCGUCUUCUUCUACUUCAGCGAGCUGUCAACCUUCAGCUGCAUAUUUAAGGACUUAUUAUACGACUUCUUCUAUACGGUAUGCUUGGCCUGCCUGUUUGUACGCUCCUUCCAGAUCAUCUGCAUCUUCAAGAUGGCCGCCCACCUGCCCAAAGCGCACGCAUGGUGGGUGAAGCACAGCGGGCAGUGGCUGGUGGUAGCUGCCCUCUCCCUCCUCCAGCUCCUGCUCUGCACCGUCUCCAUGGCCACAAGCCCCCCUUUGCCAGUAGAGGACGCGUCAUUCAAAGACCAGAUUGUCCUGCAAUGUAGCACAAAUAAUAUAGUCAUCUCAUCUUUGCCUAUUGGUCUCAUGCUGAUCCUCAGUGGCCUUUGUUUCUGCUUCUCCUACAUGGGAACAGACCUCCCCAAGAACUACAAUGAGGCCAAAGCCAUCACUUUCAGCAUGUUGCUGUUUUGUCUGAGCUGGGCCAUCUUCAUCACAGCCGACCUGUUGUCCCACACCAAGUACGUGCAGGUGGUGAAGAUCGUGGUUGAGCUGGGCUGCUUGUAUGGCAUCAUGUUCAGUUUCUUCAUCCCAAAGUCUUUCAUCAUUGUCUUUCAGCCUGUAAGGAACACACAGGAGUAUUUCCAAGCCAGCAUUCAGAGUUACACACAAACUAGAAGCAGAAUGUAGGUUUUCUAAACGCUGCUUAUUUUAUAUGGUGAACUUGCUUAUUUGAAAUUGCUUGUGUGUUUUUGUACCAGGUUUUACUCCUUGUUCUAUGGCAGUAAGAUGGCUA